CCCUCCUUUUGAAGUUAGGAAGAGCAAGAGGUAAGGCACUUCCGGCUUAACUUAAAAGGGAAAACUUUGCAACAAACUAUGCAACUGAUAUUUUCGCUGAAGGUCUCAGAGUAAACUUCAAAAGUUGGUGUUGGUUUCAGAGCCGUUUCCGCUAUGGAUGAUCAGAUUGGUUUCGCUACAGAGGAGCAGAGGAACCUGCAGCAGGCAGGAGAGAAACUCGCCCCCGAUGAGUUUACAGAGGAGGCGUCGGGUUUCUCAGACUGUAAAAGCUUCGACGUGGAUGAUAUUUUGGAUUUGGCUGGAGGCGCAAAAGAUGCCAUCGAGAGACAUCGAUCGAAAUAUCAAAUUCUAGACGAAACAAACGCAAACAUCAGAAACUCAGGACCUGGAAAAGAGGAAGCAGAUGCGGAAGCUAAAGCCCUGUCGUCUCUGUUCUGGGAUCUGCUGUACUGGCGUGACGUACAGAAGACGGCAUGUGUGUUCGGAGCGACACUGUCACUAUUGAUCUCUCUGAGUCUGCUCAGCGUUAUCAGUGUGUGUUCAUACAUCGCUUUGGCUUUGUUAUCUGUCACCAUCUGUUUCCGAAUCUACAGUGGAUUCGCAGCUGCUGUACAGAAGGCUGAAAACAUGCACCCAUUUAAAUUGUACCUGGAGCAGGAGGAAACUCUACCAGCUGAUAUCCUUCAUAGACACCGUGAUGUUCUGUUGAAGCACAUCAAUGCCAGUAUUAAUAGACUGAAGCAUCUCUUCCUGGUGGAGGAUCUCCUUGACUCUCUGAAGUUCGCAGUGGUGCUGUGGGUUCUGACCUAUGUCGGGUCUGUGUUUAAUGGACUCACCGUUCUCAUUAUUGGUGAUGUUGCAGCGUUCACCUGUCCAGUAUUCUAUGAAAAGCAUAAGGUGCAGAUUGAUCAUUACUAUGAACUGGUGAAGAGUUACAUCCAAGACGUCAUGAAAAAGAUUCAGGCAAAGAUUCAUGGACUGAAGAUUAAAAUUGAAUAAAGAGCAGCAGUGUUGGAGUGCAAGUGAAUAAACUGAGUGGAGUAUCUUUGUGCAAA